UGGAUCGAUUUUCAUAGCAAUGUUUACGAGAGUCAGAUGAUCGGCGAUGGUGACAGACGCGAUAAUCAAUAAUGUUUCGUUAUUUGAGGUGUGUCUGUGGUGAGGAGUGGAGCACAUGAUGUAGAGACGAGGAGAGAGUGUGAGGUGUGAGGGACGUGUCCACUGGCGGCGUCAGGGGCGCCUGGUCAGACCCAGUUCCCUCUCAUAUCCCGCUCAUCUUCCUGCCAACCAUCUCUGAGCACAAGUUUCCUCACUUAUUUUCCUGCCCGGAGUCUCGUGGAGGCUGCAGCCUCGUAUUGUUAUUGUUGUCGAGCAGCGAGACCUGGGGUGAUAUCAUGGGAUCUUUGAACUUGGUAGUUCCUCUUGUUAUGUGGGGUCGUGAGGCCCCCACCCACGACAUAUCAUGCAUCCUUUUUACGCGCGAUUGCCACACUAUUGUGACAGGGUCCCGAGAUGGUCAGAUAUGUGUCUGGGACUUCGAACCUCCUAUUCUCAAGUUGGUGCCUCGUUGCCUUUUGGUUGGCCACACAGCAAGUGUCGUGUGCCUCGCACAAGGGGGAAAUGCGCGAGGAACCUCUUUCAUCGUCAGCUCCUCAGAAAAUGGAGAGAUGUGUACGUGGGAUUUAAGAGAUGGAAGGUCUGUUGAAGUCCUCAGGUCAGCCAAUGUUCACUCCUCCAUGACAGCUUACCAGAUGCUGAAUGUGAGUGAUGUACGGUUGUUUUGUGUUGGCAACUACCCUGAGAUUCUUGUAUACGACCCCCACACCUUGGAUAUCCUUUUCUCCCUGGCUGCUCGUAUCCAACCUGAUUGGAUAUCUGCGCUUCACAUCUUACGACCCCCAAGAAGAAAUGAUGAAGUUGUGUUAGGGGUGACAACCGGUGGCUGGGUCAAAGUGUGGACUGUUAGUGAGAGGGAGGUGCGGCCUCAUGAGGCCAUAUAUGAACAUGAGGCUAAAAUGAUCCAUUCGUUGAAUGCUUUAUGCCUAGUCUGCUGCACGUACAAUCAACGCACCGUCCUUGUCGUCUCGCAGGAUGACUGGCAGAUAUACGAUGCUGGAGAUUUCUCUCAGUUGUGUCGUGUUGGUGUGACUGCUGGGGAGAGAUGGAUGGGUGGGGACUUCCUAGCUGCUGAUCGCGUCAUAGUCUGGACUGACACAGGUCGAGCAUACAUUUACAAGCUACCCACGAAGUUAUUGAAGGGCAAGGCAGUUAGCUGUAUUGUUGAUAGUCGAGCAUUUCACAACAAACAAGUUGAAGGGGACAAUCCUGUUAUGUACGGUAUCGUCCAGCCGCACAACGAAGAGCAUUUAGUCAAUGCUCCAGCAUGGCAGUUUAUGAUGAUUCCAUUGGAGAGUGGAGCAGAGAAGCUGCUGCUGCGGGGAGAUUGUGAAGGUCAGGUAAUGUUGUGGCGCCUGGCAGAUGUAUCGGAACAUCAGCUUCAACAGAUCAACCAAGUACGGCCCUUCGCACCUCUCGUCUUUCCACCAACUCUCAAUCACUCGGUGAUGAAAGCUUGGUCUGCCAUGAUCCCAUCCCCAAUCGGUGUAUUGGACCAGCUUGAGGGAGAGAGGAAUCCCCCAAGGAUCACGGCCAGCCUGUUCCUGCCUCUUCAGGGUCGGCUUGCUUGUGGUCGUGAGGACGGCUCCAUCAUCCUGGUCCCAGCCACAGAGACCAUCAUGCUACACCUUCUUCAUGGAAAACACCAUCAGUACCACAAUUGGGCACAGCCAAUGGUGUUACGUGGCCACCAGGGACGUGUUAACUGUCUCCUCUAUCCCCACGGUGAGAGUUCCCGCUAUGACGUGGCCCACCUUGUAUCGGGAGGCAUUGAUUUCUCCAUCAAUGUAUGGGAUAUGUACACAGGCAAUCUGGUUCACAGAUUUGUAGUCCAAGCAGGUCAAGUGUUACAGCUGCUGGUCCCACCACCUACCUGUACACCUCGCAUUCAAAACUGCAUCUGCAGUGUUUCCGAGGACCACAGUGUGGCACUACUGAGCAUCAAAGAGCGCAAGCUGGUGCUUCUGGCAUCCAAGCAUCUCUAUCCUGUGCUCAAUAUCAAGUGGCGGCCCGAACACGACUUCCUGAUGGUUGCCACCCACGACGGAUCUGUCUAUGUCUGGCAGAUGGAGACAGGUCAUCUUGAUCGUGUCCUACAAGGUGUGACUGCAGAGGAAGUUUUGGGAGCUUGUGACGAGCAUUCAACAACAGCAGGAAGUGGUAGUGGUGGUGCUGGCUCGGAGGCAGGGCUUGCUAACCCUGCUGUUCAUCUCUUCAGAGGUCUUAGGCAUCGGAACUUGGCAGCCAUUAGACACGCAGCUCAGCGGGGAAUCCAGCAGGUGCUGGGGGAGCAGAACAACCAUCAGGACAUCCACGACAGCUCAAAGAUGAGAACGUGCCCGCUCAUGAUCCAGGGGCUCCGCACAAAUAAGCAAGAUGCCAACUCCCAUGUUCUUUUCUUUGAUAUUGAAGCUCUAAUUGUUCAACUCCUGAGCGAUGAAUAUACACUUAUGUCUCCUGGGACCCUGGAAGCCAACGAGUUGAUUAUGAGCAGUCAGUAUCAACGUAUGAAUAUCCUCACUCAUCCUGCCUCCCCAGAAGCAGCCAAGAAAAUAGCAGAGUUCUUCGGUAAGGUGAAGGACAAAGCCGGAGAGAUGGAGAAGAAGAUGAAGGAGAAAGAUAAACAUGAUAUUCUCGGUCGUGCUAAGGACAAGAGCACCAAUGUGGAGAAGAAGAUGAAAGAACGAGACCAACAGGGCUUGCUGUCACGAGUCAAGGAAUCAGCAGAGAGUGUCCAGAACCUUAUACAGAAUAAGGUGGAACAGUCAGGAUUCCGCCCUACCACACUCAGCUCGGCUAAGGAUGGGAGUGGCAGUGGCCGUGUGCAGAUCCCAAGACACCUAGACGUUACGGCACAGACCUUGCAGAUUGGCCAGAUGUUAAUGUCAUUGUUGCACUCCUGGGGUCUUGACCCAUCAUUGGAUCACACUUGUGAAAACAUUCUUGGUCUUCUCAAACCCAGAGUUCCAGUUUCUUAUGGCCUUAUAUCCAAGUCUGGGUAUAUGUCACUGUUUAUGCCUACCUGGCACCCAGUACGAGAAGCAGAUAUGCCCCCAAUUACUUUACCUCCCGACCUGGCUGCUGAACUUCCCCCAGAGAUGGUGCAGCUGGAGCACAGAACGCAGGUGUUCACGGGUCGUGGGCACUGGGAGGUGUCGCCGGCACUCACCACCCACCACCUCCUGGCACUGGUCUCGGUUGCCAACACACUCCAGGACAUGAAUGCUGCAACGCUCAUCCCUGAACAGGAACGGCGACGCAAAAAUCACAUCCAAAGCUCCAAAGCCAACCCAUCAUCGACCAACCAUGAAGAUGAAUUUUCUCGGCAACAGUCUGUGAUAAAACAAGGUUGGUCAACACUGACAGCUCUGCACACAGUUCUCCUCCCUGACUGUGUGGUGGCUUCUGGAGCCCCGGCCUACCAACCUCCCAUGGUGGAAAUUCUUGCUCGCAGAUGGCAAGAUCGCUGCCAAGAGGUGAGGGAAGCAGCACAGGCUCUCUUGAAGACAGAGCUUUCUCGUAUGGGUCCUGAUGGUCGGCAGAAGCUGGUAGAAGUAUGGUCACCACACUUACCAACGCAUACUGAACCUCUUCCCACUGGACCAACAAAUUAUAAUAAUCAAGAUGCUCAAAACUCUCCUCGACCUGAGCAUCCCGCCACUAAGAGCACUUCAGGGACACCUGCCGUGAAUGCCACAACAAACGGAACGAGUGUGAACAGCAACAGUGGUGUUUCCACCAAUGAGCGGACAAUGGAGCCACAUCCUCAACUUGAUGAGGACCAUUAUGAUGAGGAGAUGGAUGUAGGAGAGACGUGUCGGGAGUUGGUAGCCCAGUCAGAAGGUCGGAGAAAACAGGCGACUGCUAUUAUCCUGCUCGGAGUCAUCGGCGCCUACCAUGGUCAGGACUCGGCUGAAGGUUUUGGCCUUGGGAAUCUUGCCAUGCAAACAAGUAAAGCUCUUGCCUAUUUAGUAUUAGCUCCAUCAGUUCCCAAGCUACCAUCACACACACCCUUAAGAAGAGCAGCAAUUGAUUUAAUAGGUCGAGGGUUCCCCGUUUGGGAGCCAUACCUGGAUGUGGCGAAGGUGCUACUAGCGCUGCUGGACUUGUGUGCUGAUACUGACCGCUUGGCUCCCAGCAUGAAGUAUGGGUUGCCUCUCAUACCAGAAGCUGACUCUUGUCGCACAGCUUCUAAUGCACUGACGCUGAUUGCCGAGGCCAGACCCCCGGCCUUUAUCACAACUAUGGCCCGGGAAGUGGCCCGUUUUAAUGCACUGCAGCAAAAUGCACAGAGUUUGCAGCUGAACAUCCACAACACAGUCCUUCACCGUGCCAAAACAGAGAUUCUUCGAGUAAUGGAGUACCUCAUCAUUCAUAAAAGAUGCCACAUUAUGGAUCUUAUGGUCGAGGUGAUGGAUAUAGUAUUACACUGUGUCGAUUCAGGCCAUCUAAAGAGUCGAGGGCUCAACGAGGUGUUCCCUUCCAUCUGUGGCUUCCCCCAAGUAUCUCACUGUCCACACACCAGACGCAUUGCCACUGGGGCAAAAAAUGGCAAUAUUGCGAUGUAUGAACUACGAGCGUACAAGUGUCAGAUGAUUGCGGCACACGGUUCAUCAGUGACUGCCCUGUCAUUCUCUCCUGAUGGCAAAUACUUAGCCUCAUACUCUAUGGGAGAAAACAAGCUCUCCUUUUGGCAGACAUCGUCAGGGAUGUUUGGAUUGGGUGCAUCACAAACUAAAUGUACGAAGACUUUCUCCACGGCACUGGUUCCAGAUAUUGUACGUAUGAACCCUCAGCGCCUUCCAAAGCUGGUGUGGAUCUCAAACAAAACUGUUGUCCACAUGAUGGCAGAUGGAACAGAGCAUAGGUUUAAUGCAUAGUGAAAGAUUAACUCUUAAGUUAAUAAACGAUUUUAAAUAACGUUGUUUUAAGUGAUGUGAUAAAUAACUGAUGGACGACGCCUACUCAUUGCGUUUCAGAAACUGAAAGAGCGGGAAAUGAUGUGCAGAUGUAUUUACAGAUGUGGCUGAAGGUACUAAAGCUUAUUACGUUUUGUAUAAAUCUUUAGUGUGAUUCUCCUCGUUUAUUCAUUCCUAUUGCAUCAAGCACAUCCAAGUGAUACGUAGAAGUUCAUCAAGUCUGUGACAUUGUUAUGUGGUUGCU